UAUCCCUCUCGCUCCUUGUACCAAGAACUCAUUUAUUUCCUUGGAAGUCUGGGUGGUUUUUCAUACUUUUCGUUCUUACAUUUCCAAAUGGCGAACGACGCAGGUCCGAGUCACCGCGUUGCACUUUCCAUUCCCGCCCAGGAAGCUAUCAAUGAAAUUGCGAGGGAAAUGGUGGUUGAAACUGAUCACAACUUAGUAGAAGCUUAUAACAGUGUGGCAAGAUAUUACUACAACCAUUAUCACAAAGUUUUUCGGGACGUUUAUGGAUGUUUGAGUUAUUUAACGGCCACCAGGGCCAGUUUCAAGAUAAUGUCAGUAUGUCAAAACCAGUGUUCUUGUUGCUAUGCGAUGCACUUCACAGUUUUGGAUUGACGUUGCCGCAGCGAGAGCAUGGCGUUCCGCUGGAAGAGAAGGUAGCCAUUUUUAUUUGUGCAUUGCAGGGUCUAUCUUGGAAACAUUUGCAAGAACUGUUCCAACACUCAAAUGAGACAUUGUCACGCAAUUUUCAUGAGAUAAUACAAGUUAUGAUACCGUUUACAUCGGUUCAUAGUAGGAGUCUUACGCCCGAUCAAAUACAACAAGGGGGCCAUCCACAUUUACUGUCACAACAGCAGUACCGGCCAUUCAAGGGCUGCAUCGGUGCAUUGGACGGGACGCACGUGAUGGCUCGUGUCUCGCAAGAGUACGCCGCAUCAUACUAUGGCCGGAAAGGCAUGCCGACACAGAAUAUAAUUGCCGUAUGCGACUUUAAUUUGUGCUUCACAUUUGUCUCUGUCGGUUGGGACGAGAGCAUGCACGACAGCCGGUUUUUGCACUACGUGACUACUGAAGAGAAACAUCGCUUCCUGCAUCCCGCACCAGGAAAAUACUAUUGGGUGGAUAGCGGUUACAGCAACAAGACAGGGUACCUAGCCCCCUACAAGGGGUAUAGGUAUCACCAAAAUGCCCAUCGAAAUCGAACACCCAGAAUCAGUUCGAAAUGUUCAACAAGGCACAUUCGUCACUGCGUAGUUGUAUUGAGCGAACAUUCGGUGCCUGGAAGUCUAGGUGGGGGCCAUUGCGGAAUAUGCAGAAGUUAAGUUUUUCUAAUCAAGUUACGUUUGUAUGUGCGUCGAUGGCGUUACAUAACUUCAUACGCCGACAUAGCGAACUUGAUGAGGUCACGAUGAAUAUCCCAGACAGUUACGAUUACGUGGCCCCCCAAAUGCCUGACCACGACGAAU